AUGGUAGCUUGGACGCGUUUCAAGUUGCUUUUGGCCAUGGUCACCACUCUGGUGACCAUGGCUGCCGCUUCGGCUGAAUGCCAUGAUAUCGAGACGGUCUUUCUUCAGGACCCCUACACUGGGGAGCAGUACCAGUUUGGUGAAAUCAAUGUUUUGCCUCGCGCCUUGUUUGGUCGUGCUGUUCAAGCUUCCGAACUGAUCACUGUCACGGUCACCCAUACUACCUGCGGUCAUGCUGAACCAACCACAACUGUCACCACAGAUGUCCCUUGCACCACUGGUCAUUCUCUCACCACGGAGUCUACUACUCCAGUUCCGGUUCAGGUCACUACCUCCUCGACCCUGGUGCCUGUUACAACCCAGACUUCUGUGUCCAGCACCCCCGACGUGUCUUCUCAGUCGACUGCACCGGUUUCCUCCCAGACUCCGGUGCCUAUUGCCCCUACUCAAACUCCUGUGUCUAGCACUGCCAAGGUGACCACCCAGUUAUCUGUGCCUGCUGGCCCUCACAGUUCUGUCCCCAGCGCUACUGAGGCGACCACCAAGUCUUCUGUACCCGGAACUGCUCAGACCCCGGUGCCCAGCACUACUGAGGUGCGUACUGGAAGCAGCUCUGUGACCAGCAUUGGAUCCUCCACGGUUACUGCCACUUCCACUGAGUCGGUCUCUUCUUCUCGUCCUAAUGCUACCAGCGUGGCUCCUGUUCCUGCCACCACUGCUGAGGACCACACCACUUCCACGGUUUCUGCUAUUUCCCCCUCUGAGGCCUCUCCUGCUCCUGGUACCACCGAGGUUCCUGGAACUGCUUCCGAGAUAACUACCGGGUCUAUUACAUCUUCUCGUCCUACCAACGUGGUUCCUGUCCCUGGUACUACUGGAUCUGCUUACACAAACUCAACUGUUCCCCAGGCUCCUAGCACUGUGACUGAUGUGACCACUUAUUACACUACGUCUCCUUGCCUCAAUUCAACUGGACUGGCUCCUACUCCGGUGACCACUGAAAUCACUGUCACCGUUGAGGUUCCUUGCACCGAGACCACCAAGUGUGUCAGCACCAAGAUUCUUACCACCAGCACCCUGACUGUCUCGAACGCAACUGUUCCGGCUCUCACUCCAGCCACUACGACCACUGAGGUUCAGUCGACUGUUCCCGUUCCUGUCCCGGUUACCACUGAAGAGGUUACUGUCACGGUUGAGAUCCCUUGCACCGAGAGCACCAAAUGCAUCAGCACAAAGGUGUACACCACCACCCCUACGGAGACUACCACGAUCUCUGUGACUCCAGUCCCAGUCACAGUUCCUGGUACCCCUCCACAGGAGACCACCAAGGUCAUAACUACUGUGGUCCAGCCAACUGUUCCUGCUUCGGUUCCGCAGGCUCCUAGCCACGAGGUGACUAGCGAGAUUAAGCCAACUGAAUUGGUUCCACUUCCACCCGCCACUACUGUCGAGGCUACUACUUUGGUCAAGGUUCCUGCUCCUCCUGCUCAGCAGCCUACCACUCAUGAGACCACCGAGACUCAGCCAAUCGUGGUGGCCCCAACCACUCUGGCUACUACUACAGAGUCCAAGGUCUCAGUUGUGCCUCCUCAGGAGCCUACUCACACCCAGGAGGAUACCGUCCCGCCAUCUCCUCAUGGUACUUCUCCAAGCGGCACUCACGCCCCUUCUCCUGUUUUCAACGGUGCCAAUACCGCUGGAAUCAUGGACAGCCGCCUCUUUACCAUGAGCAUUGUGGUUGUGCUGUCUCACGCCUUUCACUUGAUUCUGUGA